GCGGGGCGGGUGAGCCCCGUGCAGGGGGAGGGAGGGGAGAGCGGACGCCAUUUUCCCAGAGAGAGGCAGUGACAUAGAAGGGAGCGUAGGAGGCUGAAAGGAGGGAGACACGGGAGCAGGGGCGGCAGCGGGGUUUGUACACAGGUCCCGAGGCAGAGGCGCUUCUCAUCCGGACCCCGCCGGGCGCUGUGCACUCAGCUGGUGCUGGGGGAGGAGGGAUCUCCCCGUUCUUUUCUUUCUUUUAGCAGAGUGCUGAGGGUCGGUUCUGCCCAGGGCAGGGCUGUCCGCAGUGGGGCAGCUGCAGAGGGCUGGGAUAGGAGGGGGCCCGGCUGAGGGGUGCUGCUGUGGGCCUGUCACCAUUCCAGUCCCAUAUUUUGUUUAACUUCCACUGAGAGAAGAAAAAGAAGGAGUGAAGAGAGAGAAGAGGGUUUGUGGAUGCACUUAGAUGUUUGCAAUGAGCACUGUGGCUGGCAUGCCCCAGUGUUUUGGAUACCAAUGCAUAGGACUCUGUAGUAAUCGAAUUUAUCAGAAACGAACGUCAUGAGCAUAGUGAUCCCAUUGGGGGUUGACACAGCAGAUACUUCUUAUUUGGAAAUGGCUGCAGGCUCAGAACCAGAAUCUGUAGAAGCUAGCCCUGUGGUAGUUGAAAAAUCGAACAGUUAUCCGCACCAGUUGUAUACCAGCAGCUCGCAUUCACACAGCUACAUUGGUUUGCCCUAUGCAGACCAUAACUAUGGUGCUCGGCCUCCUCCAACGCCUCCAGCUUCUCCUCCUCCAUCAGUAGUUAUAAGCAAGAAUGAAGUAGGCAUAUUUACCACUCCCAACUUUGAUGAAACCUCCAGUGCUACUACCAUCAGUACAUCAGAGGAUGGAAGCUAUGGAACUGAUAUUACCAGAUGCAUUUGUGGCUUUACACAUGAUGAUGGAUAUAUGAUCUGUUGUGACAAAUGCAGUGUCUGGCAGCACAUUGACUGCAUGGGAAUUGACAGACAGCAUAUUCCUGACAUAUAUCUGUGUGAACGUUGUCAACCAAGGAACUUGGAUAAGGAGAGGGCAGUGCUGUUGCAGCGGAGGAAAAGGGAAAAUAUGUCAGAUGGGGAUACCAGCGCAACAGAGAGCGGUGAUGAGGUUCCUGUGGAACUGUAUACUGCUUUUCAGCAUACACCAACUACAUUUACAAUAGCUUCUCCAAGAGUCACAAAGGUCAAUGAUAAGAAAAGGAAAAAAAGUGGGGAGAAAGAGCAGAACAUAGCAAAAUGUAAAAAAGCAUUUCGGGAAGGAUCCAGAAAAUCUUCAAGAGUAAAGGGCUCAGCUCCAGAGAUUGAUCCUACUGACAGUUCAAACUUUGGAUGGGAAACUAAAAUCAAAGCAUGGAUGGAUCGUUAUGAAGAAGCGAAUAAUAACCAGUACAGUGAAGGUGUUCAGAGGGAGGCACAAAAAAUAGCUCUGAGAUUAGGCAAUGGAAAUGACAAGAAAGAAGUCAGCACCAGCAAUCUGAUUUUCAAACCUCCAGUAGAGAGUUACGUGCAAAAAAACAAGAAAAUUUUAAAAGCUGCCAAAGACUUGCCUCCUGAUGCACUUAUUAUUGAAUACAGAGGAAAGUUCAUGCUGAGAGAACAAUUUGAAGCUAAUGGAUAUUUCUUUAAAAGGCCAUACCCAUUUGUUUUAUUUUAUUCCAAGUUUCAUGGGCUAGAAAUGUGUGUUGAUGCAAGGACUUUUGGAAAUGAAGCUCGAUUCAUCAGGCGUUCAUGUACACCAAAUGCGGAGGUGAGGCAUGUAAUUGAAGAUGGAACGAUUCAUCUUUAUAUUUACUCCAUCCAUAACAUUCCAAAAGGAGCAGAGAUUACAAUAGCAUUUGAUUUUGAUUAUGGAAAUUGUAAAUACAAAGUGGACUGUGCUUGCCUCAAAGAAAAUCCUGAAUGUCCGGUUCUCAGACGUUCUGAGCCUACAGAAAACAUCAAUACUGGAUAUGAAACCAGAAGGAAAAAGGGAAAGAAAGAGAAAGAUGUUUCAAGAGAAAAGGAGACUCAAAAUCAGAACAUCACGUUGGACUGUGAAGGAGCAGCCACCAAAAUGAAAAUCGCAGAUAAUAAACAGAGGAAGCUCUCUCCCCUCAGGCUGUCAAUUUCCAAUAACCAGGAGCCAGAUUUUAUUGAUGAUAUAGAAGAAAAAACUCCCAUUAGCAAUGAAGUAGAAAUGGAAUCAGAGGAGCAGAUUGCAGAGAGGAAAAGGAAGAUGACAAGAGAAGAACGGAAAAUGGAAGCCAUCUUGCAAGCUUUUGCCAGACUAGAAAAAAGAGAAAAAAGAAGAGAACAGGCUUUGGAAAGGAUCAGCACAGCAAAAACUGAGGUUAAAUCGGAAUGCAAGGAACCACAGAUUCUCAAUGACACUGAAUUUAUUCAGGAACCAGCAAAGGAAGAAGCUGUCACUAAGCCCACCCCAGCCAAGGUUAACAGAGCUAAACAGAGAAAAAGCUUCUCUCGAAGUAGAACUCACAUUGGACAACAGCGUAGACGACACAGAACUGUGAGCAUGUGUUCAGAUAUUCAGCCAUCUUCUCCUGAUGUGGAAGUAACAUCACAACACAAUGAAACCGAGAAUGCUGCACUGGUGGCUGAGCCGGAAACGGAAACUGUUGUUACAGAAAUGGUUACUGAAACGGAAGCGCCAGCACUUAAUAAAUGUCCUACUAAGUAUCCUAAAACAAAGAAGCACUUGGUAAAUGAAUGGUUAAGUGAAAAGAGUGAUAAGACAGGGAAGCCUACAGACAGUGUUUCAGAAAGGCCUCUUCGUAUAACUACCGACCCUGAAGUUCUGGCUACUCAACUGAAUUCUCUACCAGGUCUCACUUACAGUCCACAUGUGUAUUCUACUCCAAAGCACUAUAUUCGUUUUACUUCACCAUUCCUUUCAGAAAAGAGGAGGAAAAAAGAACCUGUGGAAAACAUGUCUGGCUCUUGUAAGAAGCGUUGGUUGAAACAGGCUUUGGAAGAAGAAAACUCAACAGUGAUGGAUAGAUUUAAUUCACCAUCGCUGGAGGGUUCUAGAAGUCCAGCCAUCAACGGUGAAAAUAAAAGCCCCUUAUUACUGAAUGACAGCUGUUCCUUAACAGAUCUAACAACACCUCUAAAAAAACGAAGACUGUACCAGCUGUUGGAGUCUGCAUUCUCGGAAACCUCUACACCUACUCCUUCUCCAUAUGCCACACCAACUCAUGCUGAUAUUGCUGCCUCAGAGCCACUGAUGUUUGCUACUCCUCCUAGGGUAAAAACAGAGGAUGAAGCUUGUAGAAAUGGUUACAAACCCAUUUAUUCGCCAGUUACUCCCGUAACUCCAUGUAUACAUGGAAAUGCCAUGCACUUUGAGAAUAUUUCCUCACCUGACAGUUCCCCAGAAAUAAAAAGGCGAGCUUACAGUCAAGAGGGAUAUGACAGAGCAUCGAUUCUAGCACUGAAUUCUUUCAGAAAUUCCAACCUGACAGAAGUGGGCCUGCAGGAAAUAAAGACUAUUGGAUAUUCCAGUCCAAGAAAUAGGACUGAUGUCACACGGCAGUGCACAGGAGAAAUGGAAUCUGUGUCAGACCUCCAGCUGGGACUCGAAGUAAUUGAGCAAAGUGCACUGCAUAAAAACCUGGAAGCCCCUACACACGAUAGGACUGAUUCAAGCAGCCAAUUAGAAACUGCUCAUUGUGGACGGGGCACCAUUUAUUCUUCCUGGGUAAAAAGUCCCGACAGGACAGGUGUAAAUUUCUCAAUGAAUUCUAAUUUGAGGGACUUGACCCCUUCACAUCAGUUGGAGGUAGGAGGUGGAUUCAGAAUAAGCGAGUCAAAGUGCCUGAUUCAAGACGAUGCUAGAGGCAUGUUCAUGGAAGCAUCUGUUUUUUGUACUUCAGAAGAUGGAAUUGCAUCUGGCUUUGGAAGGACUGUCAAUAAUGACAACUUGAUGGAUGGAAAUUGCACACCCCAGAAUCCUCCACAGAAGAAAAAGGUAUCCUUGCUAGAAUACCGUAAGAGGCAACGAGAAGCUAGAAAAAGUGGCUCGAAGACAGAAAACUUUCCCCUUGUUACUGUAUCUCCUCAUGCUGCUGGUGCAGGAAACAUAAGUAGUAACAGUGGUGCUAAUGAUGGGUUUAACAACAGUGGUGAAAAUGGGGAGCAAACUGAUAACGCUGCGAGCCUGCCUGUACCACUGCCAACUGCCGUUUAUAGUGCAGCUCCAGAAGACGCUGGAAACAACAGUGCAAUCAAGGAAGCUUCUUCCAGUGAGAAGAACGAGCCUGAGGUUCAGUGGACUGCAUCAACCUCUGUGGAACAAGUGAGAGAACGAAGUUAUCAUAGAGCUUUGCUUCUCAGUGAUCAUAGGAAAGACAAGGACUGUGAACCUGAUCCUGAAAAUUCGGAGCCUACUUCUGAAUGUCCAUCCCCAGAUACUUCACAGAAGACGUGUAGGAGUCCUUCAAAAGCAAGCAAGCCCUCUUCGCCGAGUCCUGUAGUUUCAGCACCAUCACUGGGAAAAACACCUGCAAAGCCAGAUUCACACUGGGAGACUGCAGCUAAUGCACCAGAGGCCGAAGGUGCGAAUCAUCCGAAAUCGGAGCUGCAACAAAAACAGCUGACAAAUAACGUCCAAGCACUUUCAAAAACUCAUCCAUCUCAGUCACAUCUGCGCAGUUCUGCUGAGCAACUUUCACAUUCACAGAAGUUGCCUUCUGCACCUUUGAAGCUCCAUUGUCCCCCUUCACCUCAUGUAGAAAAUCCCCCGAAGCCAUCGACGCCCCACGCGCCCGUGCAGCACGGUUAUCUGUCGCCAAAGCCUCACUCGCAGCAGCUGGGAUCUCCGUACAGACCUCAUCAUCCACAGUCACCUCAAGUCGGAACGCCCCAGAGGGAAACGCACCGCGGUUUCUAUCCAGCAGCGCCAACCCUUCAGCCCAGUAAUCAGCAGCAGGCCAGCGGACCGCUGUUCACUCAGACGACUUCAGGACAAUCCUCGGCUUCGUACAGCCAGUUCAACCAACAGAAUUUGAACAGCAAUGCGCCGCCUCCCCCGCCUCCCCCACCCCCUUCUUCCACUUACUAUCAGAACCAGCAGCCCUCUGGAAACUUUCAGAGUUACAGUCAGCUGAAGGGUAGCAUCCCCCAACAGACUGUGUUUUCAUCCGGACCAAAUCAAGCACUUCCUGGCUCUGCGGGUCAGCAGACGGUGCCGGGACACCACGUAACUGCAGGGCAUUUCUUGCCCUCUCAGAACCCCAGUAUUCAUCACCAGGCUUCAGCAUCUGCCGCUCCUCCUCCGCCGCCGCCGCCUCCUGCUCCGGGCCCUCACCUGGUUCAGCAGCAGAGCACCCAUCAGCAGCAUUCUGUAGCACACGUCGUCGGCCCGGUUCACGCUGUGGCAGUGGCUCCUGGGUCUCACAUCCACUCUCAAGCUGCCGCUCACCAUCUGCCACCGCCGCCUCCGCCUCCGGGCCCCAUCCCCCACCACCAGCCUCCUCAUCCUCCAGCCGGACACCAAGGUUUGCAAGCACAACACCAGCACGUUGUAAACUCUGCUCCUCCUCCCCCCCCGCCUCCCCCCUCCAACGUUAUAGGCUCGGGGCACCACCCAGCAUCGGCACAAGGGUUACACCACCCAUCGCAUCAAGGACCCCCUCAUUUUCCUUCAGGCGCUCACACGAGCGUGUCCUCCUAUUCCUCGCAAGCCCCCCACCACACGACGUUAGGACCCGGACCUCAACAUCAGCCUGCUGGAACAGGGCCUCAUUGUCCGCUCCCCGGUCAGGGUCCUCACAUCCAACCUCAAGGACCAAACAGUGUUGCAACCCCCACCGCUUCAGGGUUCUGCCCGCACCCUGGCUCAGUAACGCUCCCGCACGCAGUGCAAGGACCGCAGCAGGCGUCACCGGUGCCCGGACAGAUCCCCAUUCACAGAGCACAGGUGCCACCGACCUUUCAGAACAAUUACCAUGGUUCAGGGUGGCAUUAAAACGGAUCCCCUUAAUCCUAAACAUUUUUAAAAUGUUCUGUAAUAUAAACUGUAUAUUUCAUAUGUACCUAUCGGAGGUACUUUUUAAAGCUUGUACAUGAUACUUUGUAUAAAAGCAAACACCAGUGCUCUCAUUGUAUCUUUCCAUUUUUUGCUUUUUAAAAUUCCCAGAAACGUGCUGUUCAGCCAGUAUUAGGUAAUUCUUUUUAUUUUGUAAGUGAACAUUCCAGCUGUUUUUUCUGGCAGUAGGUUUGAUGCUGCAUAAUCUUUAAAGUUUUAUCGUUGCAGUUAAAUUCAUUUAGUGAAUGUUUUCUAUAUUACUUUUAUACAUAUGUAAUUAAAUAAGUACACAGGCUAAGUGAUGGCACUAACAACUUUUUUUUUCCAUUCUGUCGACAGUUUUGUGUGCAUAGAGAUAGAAAACAAUGCAAUACAAAUUUUUAUAGUUUUGGUGUGGACAUGGCUUUUUGUUUCAUCAGUUAUUUGCAGAAACUGUAAUUUAAUGUAUAGACCGUUUCUAAUGUCUGAGUGCUGUAAAUACUGUAUUUCUUUUGCUUGUAAAAUUGCUUAAAGCUACUUUCAUUUGAUAUAGUAUUGUAUAUAAUAAGUCUCUUUUGCAAAAAAAAAAAAAAAGUGUGAUCUUUGUGAAAGUAGUACAGUAUAUGAUCUUUAAUUUUUUUUUAAUAUACUGUCACAUUGCAGCACUGGUUGGGCAUUUUAAUUCAUGUUAAUAAAUCACAAUUAUGUCAGUUUUAA